UUGAAUAAAAUCUUUCCCUUUUUUUUCAGAAGUGCUCUCUGAAAGAACAAAGACAUGGCAAGCUACACAUGCAUCACUUGUCAUGUGGCAUUUGCAGAGGCAGAUGCACAAAGAGAGCAUUAUAAAACUGAUUGGCACAGGUACAAUCUGAAGAGGAAGGUGGUCCAAAUGCCCCCUGUGACAGAAGAUGACUUCCAACAGAGACUAGAAGCUCAAAAGGCUGCUGAAGCCAAGGAAAAAAAAGCCACAUCGUUGUAUUGCACGCCUUGCAGACGGCAUUUUGGGAAUGACAAGGCCUAUGUAAACCAUAUAAAUUCAAAGAAGCACCAAGAAAUGCUAUUGAAGAGCCCACCAUCCUCAAGUAAGGAUGAGAAGCCUUCCAUCACGAAGGAGAAAGAAAAGGAUGUAGAAAUGGGUUCUGAUGAGUAUGAAGAGGUAGACUCAGAUGAAUGGGAGGAAGAUGUGGAGCCUAUUCCCAUUACUCAGUGCCUUUUCUGUGGACUGGAGCAUGAUACUUUGGCAAAUAAUAUGAAACACAUGAGUGAAAAGCAUUCCUUCUUCGUUCCUGAUGUGGAAUAUUUGGUUGACCUAGAGGGAUUGAUUGAAUACCUCGGAGGGAAGGUUGGUCAAGGGAACAUGUGCCUUUGGUGCAAUGAACGAGGGAAGAAGUUUCAUUCCAUUGAUGCUGCACGAAAGCACAUGCUGGACAAAGGGCACACAAAAAUGAUUUUUGAGGGAGAAGCUCUCCUUGAAUAUUCUGAUUUCUUUGACUAUUCCUCUACUUAUCCUGAGGGGGAAGGCCAUGAUAGAGAUGAACCAGUAGACAUUCCUGACCUGGUUGUGGACAGCGAGAGCUAUCAAUUGACUCUGCCCUCUGGCGCCACUGUCGGACAUCGUUCCCUCGCUAGAUAUUACAGGCAAAAGCUACCCCUGUCCCAGGUUGUUCAGAAACAAAAGGCAGUUGAUCGACUGAUGUGCCAGUAUCGAGCCAUAGGUUGGAAGGGAUCAGAUGUGGAAGCUGCUAGGAGGCGAGCUCGGGAUCUCUAUUUUGUGUCCAAGGUGAAGUCUACCCAGCACAUGAAAUUGGGUGUGAAAGGAAACAAGUUGCAGAGGCAUUUCCGGCCCCAAGUCAACUUUUGAAAUGCUUGUCACUCUUCAUUUUGCUUUGGUAAUUGUACUAUGGUGUGGAUUAAAGGAGAUUAUAUAAGUAUGAAAAGUUGUUUUCAAGCCUGUUGGAUCUUUCCCACUUCUUGCCCCCUCCCACUUUCACUG